GGGCGAGUGUGGGUCCCGGAGCGAGUGACCUGUGACCCCGGAAGUGGACCUCAGGGUCCCGGGGCUCUCCCGGACCGGAGCCGGGGAGCCGUCGCCUGCGUCUCCGGAGCACCCACCCCACGCCCACCUCUGGAUGCCGCCGACGGGUGCCCGGCCCGUGCCCCGCGCCCGCUCGCCCGUUCGGCCUCUCGGAGCAGUUCUGGGUCGGGGGUGGGGGCCCAGACCCCGCCCCUGAUGCGGCUCCCCCGCCGCGCCCUGGCCUGGCCCCGCUGACUGCCCCGGCCGGCCCCGCCCCCUGCCCGCAACCUCGCCCCGCGGACCCCUCUUCCCUGCGGGGGAGGCCAUGGCGUGAGCGCGGCCAGCCCCGGGGCCUUCGGGCGCCAGGCGGGGCAUGGGCCGGGGGCCGCCCCCAUGAGGGUCCCAGAAGCGGGGCGCGCGCAGCAGUGGCGGGGCGAUGGGGUCGCAGGUGUUACAGAUACUGCGCCAGGGGGUGUGGGCCUCGCUCACCGGCGGUUGGUUCUUCGACCCGCACCAGAGCACCUUCUCCAACUGCUUCCACCUCUACGUCUGGAUCUUCCUGCUCACCUUCCCCUUCCUGCUGUACAUGGUCCUGCCCCCCAGCUUGGUGGUGGCCGGCGUGUACUGCCUUGUGGUGGCCGUCAUCUUCACCACCAUCAAGACCGUGAACUACCGGCUGCACGCCAUGUUCGACCAGGGCGAGAUUGUGGAGAAGCGCAACUCUACCCUGGGGGAGCAGGAGGAGGAGGCUGCCCAGGGGGACAGCAACCCGCUCAGGGACCCUGGAGUGGAGAUGACAGUGUUUCGGAAAGUGAGCUCCACGCCCCCAGUACGCUGUAGCUCCCAGCAUUCCGUGUUUGGCUUCAACCAGGUCUCGGAGUUGCUUCCCCGGAUGGAGGACUCUGGGCCGCUCAGAGACAUCAAGGAGCUGGUGCGGGAGCAGGGCAGCAACAACGUGAUCGUGACCUCAGCCGAUCGGGAGAUGCUCAGGCUAAGCUCCCAGGAGAAGCUGAUUGGAGACCUUCCCCAGAUGCCCUUGGGGGCUGCCCCAGACCCCUCUCUCCCCAGCACGGAUUCUUCGGAGCGCUCUCCCCUGGCUGGAGGCGGAGCCGCCUGGAGCGGGAGCAGUGUCGCUGACACUCCUAUGAGUCCCCUGCUGAAGGGGAGCCUCAGCCAGGAGCUGAGCAAGAGCUUCCUGACCCUGUCCCGGCCCGACCGGGCCCUGGUGAGGACCAGCAGCCGACGAGAACAGCACCGGGGCGUGGGGGGUUACCAGCCUCUGGACAGGCGGGGCUCAGGGGACCCCAUGACCCAGAAAGCUGGCUCCUCGGACUCCUGCUUCAGUGGCACCGACAGGGAGACGCUGAGCAGCUUUAAGAGCGAGAAGACCAACUCAACCCACCUGGACAGCCCCCCUGGCGGGCACGCCCCCGAGGGCAGCGACACAGACCCGCCCUCCGAGGCGGAGCUGCCCGCCUCGCCGGACGCCGGGGUCCCCUCCGAUGACACGCUGCGCUCCUUUGACACGGUCAUAGGCGCGGGGACACCGCCCGGCCCAGCGGAGCCACUCCUGGUUGUGCGGCCCAAGGACCUGGCCCUGCUCCGGCCUAGCAAACGGCGGCCGCCUGCCCGGAGGCCCUCGCCGCCUGGCCACGCCCCUCGCAGGCCCCUGCUGGAAGGCGGGGGCUUCUUUGAAGACGAAGACAGCAGCGAGGGCAGUGAGCUGAGCCCGGCCUCCAGCCUCCGAUCUCAGCGCCGCUACAGCACCGACAGCUCCUCCUCUUCCUGCUACUCCCCGGAGAGCUCCCGGGGCGCGGCGGGGGGUCCCCGGAAGCGCCGGGCCCCUCAUGGGUCUGAGGAAGGGACCGCUGUGCCCCCCAAGCGGCCCUACGGGACCCAGCGGACGCCUAGUACUGCCAGCGCCAAAACACACGCCCGUGUGCUGAGCAUGGAUGGGGCGGGGGGUGACGUCUUGAGGGCCCCCCUGGCUGGCUCCAAGGCUGAGCUGGAGGCGCAGGCAGGGGUGGAGCUGGCUGCUGGGGAGCCCACUGUGCUGUCCGCUGAGGCCCACCGGGGACCUGCUGCCAACCAGCCUGGUUGGCGGGGGGAGCUGCAGGAGGAAGGCGCCGUGGGCGGAGCAGCUGAGGAGGCCGGAAAGCGGGACCACGCGAGCAACGUGAGGCGGACCCAGGCGAUCCGGAGGCGCCACAACGCGGGCAGUAACCCCACUCCUCCAGCGUCUGUCAUGGGCUCGCCCCCGAGCAGCCUGCACGAGGCACAGCGGGUCCGGGCCUCCUCCCAUUCCCGGGCGCUGACGCUGCCCUCCGCCCUGCACUUCGCUUCCUCGCUGCUGCUCACUCGGGCCGGCGCCAACGUGCACGAGGCCUGCACCUUUGACGACACCUCGGAGGGCGCCGUGCACUACUUCUACGAUGAGAGCGGCGUGCGGCGUUCCUACACCUUCGGGCUGGCUGGAGGCGGCUACGAGAACCCCGUAGGGCAGCAGGGCGAUCAGGCAGCCAAUGGGACCUGGGACCGCCACUCACAUUCCUCCAGCUUCCACUCGGCUGACGUCCCCGAGGCGGCCGGCAGCCUGAACCUGCUGCAGCCGAGGCCCGUGGUGCUGCAGGGCAUGCAGGUGCGCCGAGUGCCCCUGGAGAUCCCAGAGUUUGACCUGCUGGACCAGGACUCCCUGCACGAAUCCCAGGAGCAGACACUGAUGGAGGAGGCCCCGCCCCGAGCCCAGCACAGCUACAAGUACUGGCUUUUCCCCGGCCACUGGACGUCCGUGCGCUACGAGCGGCUGGCCCUGCUGGCCCUGCUGGACCGGACCCGGGGGCCGCUGGAGAACGUCCUCGGUGUGGGCCUGAGCAGCCUGGUCGCCUUCCUAGGCUACCUGCUGCUGCUCAAGGGCUUCUUCACCGACAUCUGGGUCUUCCAGUUCUGCCUGGUCAUCGCCUCCUGCCAGUACUCCCUGCUGAAGAGCGUCCAGCCUGACGCGGCGUCGCCCAUGCACGGCCACAACUGGGUGAUCGCAUACAGCCGGCCGGUCUACUUCUGCAUCUGCUGCCUGCUCAUCUGGCUGCUGGACGCCCUCGGCUCGGCCCAGCCCUUCCCGCCCGUCUCGCUCUACGGCCUCACGCUCUUCUCCGCCUCCUUCUUCUUCUGUGCCCGCGACGUGGCCACUGUGUUUACCCUGUGCUUCCCCUUCGUCUUUCUCCUGGGCCUCCUGCCCCAAGUCAACACCUGCCUCAUGUACCUGCUGGAGCAGAUAGACAUGCACGGCUUCGGGGGCACAGCCGCCACCAGCCCGCUCACCGCGGUCUUCAGCCUCUCCCGCAGCCUGCUGGCGGCCGCGCUGCUCUACGGCUUCUGCCUCGGGGCCAUCAAGACUCCUUGGCCAGAGCAGCACGUCCCGGUCCUGUUCUCCGUCUUCUGCGGCCUCCUGGUGGCCCUGUCCUACCACCUGAGCCGGCAGAGCAGCGACCCCACCGUGCUCUGGUCCCUGAUCCGGAGCAAGCUCUUCCCCGAGCUGGAGGAGCGGAGCUUGGAGACAGCCCGGGCCGAGCCCCCAGACCCCCUGCCAGACAAGAUGCGCCAGUCCGUGCGCGAGGUCCUGCACUCCGACCUGGUGAUGUGUGUGGUGAUCGCUGUGCUCACCUUCGCCAUCAGCGCCAGCACCGUCUUCAUUGCCCUGAAGUCCGUGCUGGGGUUCGUGCUGUACGCACUGGCCGGGGCCGUGGGCUUCUUCACACAUUACCUGCUGCCGCAGCUCCGCAAGCAGCUGCCCUGGUUCUGCCUGUCGCAGCCUGUGCUGAAGCCGCUGGAGUACAGCCAGUACGAAGUGCGCGGCGCCGCCCAGGUGAUGUGGUUCGAGAAGCUGUACGCCGGCCUGCAGUGCGUGGAGAAGUACCUCCUGUACCCCGCCGUGGUGCUCAACGCCCUCACCGUGGACGCCCACACGGUGGUCAGCCACCCGGACAAGUUCUGCCUCUACUGCCGGGCGCUGCUGAUGACCGUGGCCGGGCUGAAGUUGCUGCGCUCGGCCUUCUGCUGUCCACCCCAGCAGUACCUGACCCUGGCCUUCACCGUCUUGCUCUUCCACUUCGACUACCCGCGCCUCUCCCAGGGCUUUCUGCUCGACUACUUCCUCAUGUCCCUGCUGUGCAGCAAGCUGUGGGACCUGCUGUACAAGCUGCGCUUUGUGCUGACCUACAUCGCGCCCUGGCAGAUCACCUGGGGCUCGGCUUUCCACGCUUUCGCCCAGCCCUUCGCCGUGCCACACUCGGCCAUGCUGUUCGUCCAGGCCCUGCUCUCGGCGCUCUUCUCCACGCCCCUCAACCCCCUGCUGGGCAGCGCCGUCUUCAUCAUGUCCUACGCGCGGCCCCUCAAGUUCUGGGAGCGCGACUACAACACUAAACGCGUGGAUCAUUCCAACACCCGCCUGGUCACCCAGCUGGACCGGAACCCCGGCGCCGAUGACAACAACCUCAACUCCAUCUUCUACGAGCACCUGACGCGCUCGCUGCAGCACACGCUGUGCGGGGACCUGGUGCUGGGCCGCUGGGGCAACUACGGCCCCGGGGACUGCUUCGUGCUGGCCUCCGACUACCUCAACGCCCUGGUGCACCUCAUCGAGGUCGGCAACGGCCUCGUCACCUUCCAGCUGCGCGGCCUGGAGUUCCGGGGCACGUACUGCCAGCAGCGCGAGGUGGAGGCCAUCACCGAGGGCGUGGAGGAGGACGAGGGCUGCUGCUGCUGCGAGCCCGGCCACCUGCCGCGGGUCCUGUCCUUCAACGCCGCCUUCGGGCAGCGCUGGCUGGCCUGGGAGGUGACAGCCAGCAAGUACGUGCUGGAGGGCUACAGCAUCAGCGACAACAACGCCGCCUCCAUGCUGCAGGUCUUCGACCUCCGCAAGAUCCUCAUCACCUACUACGUGAAGAGCAUCAUCUACUACGUGAGCCGCUCGCCCAAGCUGGAGGCGUGGCUGAGCCACGAGGGCAUCGCGGCGGCGCUGCGGCCCGUCCGGGCGCCCGGCUACGCCGACUCGGACCCCACCUUCUCCCUGAGCGUGGACGAGGACUACGACCUGCGCCUCUCGGGCCUCUCGCUGCCCUCCUUCUGCGCCGUGCACCUGGAGUGGAUCCAGUACUGCGCCUCCCGGCGCAGCCAGCCCGUGGAUCAGGAUUGGAACUCGCCGCUGGUCACUCUGUGCUUCGGCCUCUGCGUGCUGGGCCGCCGGGCCCUGGGGACCGCCUCGCACAGCAUGUCUGCCAGCCUGGAGCCCUUCCUGUACGGCCUGCACGCCCUCUUCAAGGGUGACUUCCGCAUCACCUCCCCGCGGGACGAGUGGGUCUUCGCCGACAUGGACCUGCUGCACCGCGUGGUGGCCCCCGGGGUCCGCAUGGCCCUCAAGCUCCACCAGGACCACUUCACGUCCCCGGACGAGUACGAGGAGCCCGCCGCCCUGUACGACGCCAUCGCCGCCAACGAGGAGCGGCUGGUCAUCUCGCACGAGGGCGACCCGGCCUGGCGCAGCGCCAUCCUGAGCAACACGCCCUCGCUGCUGGCACUGCGCCACGUGCUGGACGACGCCUCCGACGAGUACAAGAUCAUCAUGCUCAACCGGCGCCACCUCAGCUUCCGCGUCAUCAAGGUGAACCGGGAGUGCGUGCGCGGCCUGUGGGCCGGGCAGCAGCAGGAGCUGGUGUUCCUGCGCAACCGCAACCCGGAGCGCGGCAGCAUCCAGAACGCCAAGCAGGCGCUCCGCAACAUGAUCAACUCCUCCUGUGACCAGCCUCUCGGCUACCCCAUCUACGUGUCGCCCCUCACCACCUCCCUGGCGGGCAGCCACCCCCAGCUGCGGGCGCUGUGGGGGGGCCCCGUCAGCCUGGGCGCCAUUGCCCGCUGGCUUCUGCAGAGCUGGGAAAGGCUUCACAAGGGCUGCGGUGCCGGCUGCAAUAGUGGCGGGAACGUAGACGACUCAGACUGUGGCGGAGGCGGCGGCCUGACUGCCCUCAGCAAUAACCCCCCCUUGGCGCACCCCACGCCCGAGAACACGGCAGGCAGUGGCGACCAGCUCCUCCCGCCAGGCGCUGGCUGGGGCCCGAGGCCCUCCCUUAGCAGUUCUGGUGAUGGCCGCCCCCCUCCUCUGCUGCAGUGGCCACCCCCUCGGCUCCCUGGACAGCCCCCCGCUUCACCUGCCCCCACUGAGGGUCCCCGGCCCUCAAGGCCCCCUGGCCCUGGUCUCCUCUAUUCCGAAGGUCCCAGUGGGAAGUGGAGCUUGGGGGGUCGGAAGGGGCUAGGGGGACCCGAGGGGGAGCCAGCCUCAGGGAGCCCCAAAGAAGGCACCCCCAAGUCUCAGGCGCCCCUAGACCUCAGCUUCAGCCUGGACAUCAGCACCGACGCCUCACCCCCCAGAGCAGCCCGGGACGUCCCCUGCUUGGACAGCAGUGCUCCCGAGGGCGGCACACCCCCGGGAGCCCCGGGAGCCUGGCCUGCCGCCUCCGAGGAGCGGGAGAGCCCCGCCGCCCAGCCCCUGCUGGACCAUCAGUACUGAGCGCCCGCGCUGGAUCCCGCCGGACGCAGUCACCUGGACCAUGGCCUCGGCCUCCGCUGGACCACAGGACCAAGGGUUUUGGCUUCCGUCCACGGCUGAACCUGACCUCUGGUCGCCUUAGCCAGAGCGCCAGACUAAGUGGCCCAGAACUCUCACCCUGACCCCUGACUCUCAACCCGAGUCCAGGGCCUGGACUCCCAAACUGAGGCAGGAGCCUCCCAGCCGGGCCCAGAGCCAAACCCAUGGGCUGGUCCCGCUUCAGCCUGCGGCCAGGACUGGGCCUCUGGCCGCACUGCCUGCAGGGCCGGGACCGGGCUGAGUGUGGGAAGGGUGGUUUCUGUUCCUUUUUUUCUUCCGUGCUUCGGAGACACCAGAAUUAAUAACACUAUUUUUGAUUUUG